AUGGACCACAUCACUAUGGACCACAUCACUAUGGACCACAUCACUAUGGACCACAUCACUAUGGACCACAUCACAAUGGACCACAUCACUAUGUACCACAUCACUAUGGACCACAUCACUAUGGACCACUAUGGACCACUAUGGACCACAUUACUAUGGACCACUAUGGACCACAUUACUAUGGACCGCAUCACUAUGGACCACAUCACUAUGGACCACAUCACAAUGGACCACAUCACUAUGGACCACAUCACUAUGGACCACUAUGGACCACUAAUGGACCACAUUACUAUGGACCGCAUCACUAUGGACCACAUCACUAUGGACCACAUCACUAUGGACCACUAUGGACCACAUUACUAUGGACCACAUCACUAUGGACCACAUCACUAUGGACCACAUUACUAUGGACCACAUUACUAUGGACCACAUCACUAUGGACCACAUCACUAUGGACCGCAUCACUAUGGACCACAUCACUAUGGGCCGCAUCACUAUGGACCACAUUACUAUGGACCACAUUACUAUGGACCGCAUCACUAUGGACCGCAUCACUAUGGGCCGCAUCACUAUGGACCACUAUGGACCACAUCACUAUGGACCACAAUGGACCACAUUACUAUGGACCACAUCACUAUGGACCGCAUCACUAUGGACCGCAUCACUAUGGGCCGAAUCACUAUGGACCACAUCACUAUGGACCACUAUGGACCACAUUACUAUUGA